GAUACAAAGGCUGGGUGGGAUGUGAGCAUGUGUGGACUGACUCUGGGGAGGAGCGCUUCCUUAAAACCGAGCAGCAUUGUGGAUGAUGUGACAGAGCAGCUUGAGCAGAGAGGACACAGCAGAACAGCUGCAACUACAGCAGGAGACAGCGGGAAGCCCAGUCACAAACGUUCCAACCCAGAGGAGGAGGAGGCCUGCGAAUGGACAAUGAAGGUAGCCAUGGAAUCACCAGAGCACACAGAUGAGAGAGACUCCGUCGCUGAUACUCGGGCCCCGGAAUCGGCGAGCACCACCGUGCCCAGCGACAGUAAAAGCUGCCCUGUACACACGUCUAACAGAGACGAUUCAAAGCGUGUUUUCCCCAAAGGUAUCAGGAGGCACAAUGACUACGUGAAAAUCUCUGUCCCAGAAACCAAAGUCAAUCAUCAUCUACCCAUGGAAUGGUGGAAGACAGUAGUUGCUUUCUUUUAUGCUGCUUUUAACUUGGUCCUGACAACAGUUGUCAUCACUGUUGUCCACGAAAGAGUGCCACCUAAAGAAAACAGCCCACCUCUGCCUGAUAAGUUUUUUGACUAUGUUGACAGGGUCAACUGGGCCUUUACAGUGACUGAGAUCAAUGGUAUGGUUCUGCUGGCCAUCUGGAUGAUCCAACUGUUCUUCUUCAGAUACAAGUCAAUAGCAAGCAGGCGAUUCUUCUUCCUGAUUGGCACCUUGUACUUGUACCGCUGUGUUACCAUGUACAUCACCACCCUGCCUGUACCUGGCAUGCACAUGACUUGUGCUCCGAAGCUGUAUGGCGACUCCCAGGCAAAGCUCCAGCGUGUUUUGCGAUUGAUCUCCGGUGGAGGUUUGUCCAUUACAGGGUCCCAUCUGAUGUGUGGAGACUUCCUGUACAGUGGACACACCGUCAUGCUCACCCUUACCUACCUAUUCAUCAAAGAAUAUUCGCCGCGGUCGUUUUGGUGGUAUCAUCUGAUGUGCUGGCUGCUGAGUGCAGUGGGUGUAAUUUGCAUCUUGGUGGCUCACGAGCACUACAGUGUGGAUGUGGUUGUGGCCUAUUUCAUCACCUCCCGUCUGUUCUGGUGGUACCACACCAUGGCCAAUUUACAGACACUGAAAUGCUCCCCGAACAACUACCUCACCAACACCUGGUGGAACCCUGUGUUCAAUUUCUUCGAGCGGAACGUGCACAUUUCUGUGCCCUGCUCAUACAGCUGGCCCCUGACCUGGCCCCCUGCAUGCCUUAAGAACCCCUGUAAGAAGUACUCAAUGGUUCAGAGUGUAUGAGAGGAGUGACAGAACGCCGCGUUUCUACAUCAGCUACUGAACUAGUGUUCUGCCGGACAGCACAGAACCACACCCGCUGUUUGGUUCUCACGGAAAAUAUGUCCCACAACUUAAUUUAUUGAAGAGAUUUAAUCCCUGCAAAGUCACUGAUAUUUUCAUGUUAUACCCGUGCCGCCUCAUGACGACUUUUAAACCCAAAAAAGAAGUGUUUUCCAGGUUUCCUGUAGUAUUUGUGAGACAUAAUUUUAAUUUGUGUCCAUCUCAGUAUUAUAUUAAUGCACUCAACUCACACUGUGCCUUAGAAAUAGUAUUUUAAACAUUAAUAGAUGAAGCAAAAGUCUUUUUGGAACUGUUCUUUGUUGUACUAUUAUUAUAAUGAUUAUUAUUAUUAUUGUUAAUUUUUGAAGCCUUAUGUGUGCAAAGCCCAGCUGUAGCUCAGUUAAGUCUUUAAUGUGCUUUUCUGUUAAUAAAUUGUCAAUGGCA